UAAUGGGGGGGGGGUCGCCCUGGAGUCGGAAGAAGGAGGGGGGGUAAGGGCGGGGACAGCCAGGGAAUUGUUUUUUUCUCUCUAGCUCCGCCCUUACAAAGCCAGCCAAUACUGAUGAGUUGUUCCACCAUAAGCCUCUCCCAACUGCUUUUACUCGGCCAGUAAGCGGUGGAAGCGGCUCCAAGGGGGCCGGCCUGGGAGGCUGUGCGUGUCUUGUGAGAGCUCUUGAACCAAGUCAGAGCUAGAGUCGCUCGGCGGCUGGAAGCUCCGGCUGCCACCAGUGACUCAGGGAGCUGGGAGGCGGGGGAGGAGCCCUUCCUGCAGGCGUGGAAACCAUGGUGCUCACGCUCGGAGAAAGUUGGCCAGUAUUGGUGGGGAAGAGAUUCCUCAGUCUGUCUGCAGCCGACGGUAGCGACGGCAGCCACGACAGCUGGGACGUGGAGCGCGUCGCCGAGUGGCCUUGGCUCUCAGGGACCAUUCGAGCCGUCUCCCACAUCGACGUUACUAAGAAGGAUCUGAAGGUGUGUGUGGAGUUUGAUGGAGAAACUUGGAGGAAGAGAAGAUGGAUAGAAGUGUAUAGCCUUCCAAGAAAAGCAUUUUUAGUUGAGCAUAACUUAAUUUUGGCUGAACGAAAAUCUCCUGAAAUUUCUGAACAAAUUGUUCAGUGGCCUGCAAUAAUGUACAGAUCUCUCUUGGACAAAGUUGGCUUGGGAUCCAUAACUUCCAUUCGCUUUCUAGGAGAUCAACAAAGAGUGUUUCUUUCUAAAGACCUUUUGAAGCCUAUACAGGAUGUAAACAAUCUUCGACUUUCCCUUACUGAUAAUCAGAAUGUGAGUAAAGAAUUUCAGUCUCUGAUUGUAAAACAUUUGGAUGAAAGUCAUCUUUUACAAGGUGACAAAAACUUAGUUGGCUCAGAAGUAAGAAUUUAUAGCUUGGACCCAUCCACUCAGUGGUUUUCAGCAACCAUUGUAAAUGGAAACCCAACAUCAAAAACACUUCAAGUGAACUGUGAGGAGAUUCCAGCACUGAAAAUUGUCGAUCCAUCCCUGAUUCAUGUUGAAGUUAUCCAUGAUAAAUUAGUGACAUGUGGUAAUUCUACAAGAAUUGGAGCUGUAAAACGAAAGUCUUCUGAAAAUAACGGAAGUCUAGUUUCCAAACAAGCAAAAUCUUGCUCUGAGGCUUCCCCCAGUAUGUGUCCGGUACAGUCUGUUCCUACAACAGUUUUCAAGGAGAUACUGCUUGGCUGUACUGCAGCAACUCCACCUAGUAAGGACCUAAGACAGCAAAGUACUCCCCAGGCUGCCAAUUCUCCACCUAAUCUUGGAGCCAAAAUUCCUCAAGGAUGUCAGAAACAGAGUUUACCAGAAGAACUUUCUUCCUGUCUAAAUAUAAAGCCUGAAAUCCUGAGGACAGUGCCAGAUGUUGGCUGUAAACCUGGGUUGCUCUCUUCAAAGCUCUCUCAAAUUGCAACUGGAGAUUUGAAAACUCUCAGCGAGCCAAAAAGUAGCUGUACCUUGCUAAAAACAAGCACUGAUCAAGAAAACAGAUUGGAAUCUGUUCUUCAACCGGCAGCUGGUCUUCUUAAGGAGUGCUCACCUACAAAGGCUUCUUCUAAGACAGAAUUGGAAAUUGCCAAUAGUCCUGAACUUCAGAAGCAGCUAGAACAUGCACCUUCCACAUCUGAUGUCAAUGUUGCCCUUUCAAAUGAAUUAGAAGAGAAAGCAGGUGUUAACAGUAAUAGCCCUACUAAUAGUUGUGUGGGGAAAAAAGUAGAACCUUCAACUUUAGGUUGCCGGUCGCAGAAUGUAAAGGAGUCUUCAGUCAAAGUAAAUAAUGAAAGCUGUUGUACAAGAAGCAACAAUAAAAUCCAGAAUGCCCCAUCCCGGAAGUCAGUUCUGACAGACCCAGCCAAACUCAAGAAGCUCCAGCAGAGCGGCGAGGCCUUUGUUCAGGAUGACUCCUGUGUGAAUAUCGUUGCACAGCUGUCUAAGUGUCGGGAGUGUCGCUUGGACAGUCUCCGCAAGGAUAAGGAGCAACAGAAGGACUCGCCUGUGUUUUGUCGCUUCUUUCACUUCCGGAGGUUACAGUUCAACAAACACGGUGUUUUGCGGGUCGAAGGCUUUUUAACACCAAACAAGUAUGAUAUUGAAGCAAUUGGCCUAUGGUUACCUUUAAUCAAAAACGUGGUAGGAAUGGAUCUGGAUACAGCAAAGUAUAUCCUGGCCAACAUUGGAGACCACUUCUGUCAAAUGGUGAUUUCUGAAAAGGAAGCUAUGUCAACCAUUGAACCACACAGACAAGUUGCUUGGAAGCGAGCCGUCAAAGGUGUUCGAGAAAUGUGUGAUGUGUGCGACACAACCAUCUUCAACUUGCACUGGGUGUGUCCUCGGUGUGGGUUUGGCGUGUGUGUGGAUUGCUACCGGAUGAAGAAAAAAAAUUGCCAACAGGGUGCUGCCUACAAGACUUUCUCUUGGAUCAGAUGUGUGAAGAGUCAGAUACAUGAACCAGAGAACUUGAUGCCAACACAGAUCAUUCCUGGAAAAGCCCUCUAUGAUGUUGGUGAUAUUCUUCAUUCUGUAAGAGUAAAAUGGGGAAUCAAGGCAAAUUGUCCCUGUUCAAACAGGCAAUUUAAACUCUUCUCAAAGCCAGCCUCAAAGGAAGAAAUAAAACAGACAUCUGUAGCUGGAGAAAAACCUGCUCUUGGUGCUGCGCUCCAGCAGAACCCCUCAACACUGGAGCCAGCCACUGCUGGGGGAGAUGCAGCCCCCAAGCCAGCCAGCAGCACGAGGCCUGCUUGUCUAGCCAGCACGUCUCCAUUAAACUGGCUGGCAGAUCUAACCAGUGGCAAUGUCAACAAGGAAAACAAGGAAAAACAACCAGCAAUGCCAAUUUUAAAGAAUGAGAUCAAAUGCCUUCCACCUCUGCCCCCUUUGAGCAAGUCCAGCGCAGUCCUCCACACCUUUAACAGCACAAUUUUGACACCUGUAAGCAACAAUAAUUCUGGUUUCCUCCGAAAUCUUUUGAAUUCCUCGACAGCUAAGACAGAAAAUGGACUCAAGAAUACACCAAAAAUUCUCGAUGACAUCUUUGCUUCCUUAGUACAAAAUAAGACUUCCUCAGAUUUAUCUAAGAGGCCUCAAGGACUGACUAUUAAACCCAGCAUUCUGGGCUUUGACACUCCUCACUAUUGGCUGUGUGAUAAUCGCUUGCUGUGCUUGCAAGAUCCCAACAAUAAGAGCAACUGGAAUGUGUUUAGGGAGUGCUGGAAACAAGGGCAGCCAGUGAUGGUGUCUGGAGUGCACCAUAAACUGAACACUGAACUUUGGAAACCUGAAUCCUUCAGAAAAGAGUUCGGUGAUCAGGAAGUUGACCUCGUUAAUUGCAGGACCAAUGAAAUCAUCACGGGAGCCACAGUAGGAGACUUCUGGGAUGGAUUUGAAGAUAUUUCAAAUCGUUUAAAAAAUGACAAAGAACCAAUGGUAUUGAAACUUAAGGACUGGCCACCAGGAGAAGAUUUUAGAGAUAUGAUGCCUUCCAGGUUUGAUGAUCUGAUGGCUAAUAUUCCACUGCCUGAGUACACAAGGCGAGAUGGCAAACUAAACUUGGCUUCUAGGCUGCCCAACUACUUUGUUCGACCAGAUCUGGGUCCCAAGAUGUAUAAUGCCUAUGGAUUAAUUACACCAGAAGAUAGGAAAUAUGGAACAACAAAUCUUCAUUUAGAUGUAUCCGAUGCAGCCAAUGUCAUGGUCUAUGUGGGAAUUCCCAAAGGACAGUGUGAUCAAGAAGACGAAGUCCUUAAAAGUAUCCAGGAUGGAGAUUCUGAUGAACUCACGAUAAAGCGAUUUAUCGAAGGAAAAGAGAAACCAGGAGCCCUCUGGCAUAUAUAUGCUGCUAAAGAUACAGAAAAGAUAAGAGAAUUCCUUAAAAAGGUAUCAGAAGAGCAAGGACAAGAAAACCCAGUAGACCACGACCCUAUUCAUGAUCAGAGCUGGUAUUUAGACCGAUCCCUAAGAAAACGUCUUCAUCAAGAAUAUGGAGUUCAAGGCUGGGCUAUUGUACAGUUUCUUGGAGAUGUUGUGUUUAUCCCUGCUGGAGCUCCACAUCAGGUUCAUAACUUAUAUAGCUGUAUUAAAGUGGCUGAAGAUUUUGUUUCUCCAGAGCAUGUUAAACACUGCUUCUGGCUUACUCAGGAAUUCCGCUAUCUGUCACAAACCCACACCAAUCAUGAAGAUAAACUGCAGGUAAAGAAUGUUAUCUACCAUGCAGUGAAAGAUGCAGUUGCUAUGCUGAAAGCCAAUGAAUCCAGUAGUUUUGGCAAACCCUGAGGGUCCUGGAGACGCCUUAACCCCCGCAGGAUGGAAGGGAAUUACUGGCAGCUGUUCAAACUCUUCAGGCAGGAUUCCUGUGGACUUUGAGAUUCAUGUUACCUCAUCUUCUUUUUUAAACUGUACCCUACUUGUGAGGGUACUCUGUCUAAUGUAUAUUUCUAGUGUUUACAGACACUAAAUGUGUAUAUGUAGUAACUAUUUACAGGAACAUGCAUCCUUAAACUGUGAUUUCUCACCUAGUUCUGAACUUUUACCAAGCUCUAAAAACACCACCUCUUAGCAGCUCUGAAACAAUCCCUGCAGUUAUUAUUCCCCAGCUGUCUGAUUGGACAGGGUAGUCAAAAUGAAUUUAUAACUCUUAGAAGCCACUCUGUGCAACUUAUUUGGGUUGUAUUGUUUCGUGUCUGUCUGAGUCCCCACCGCCCUUUAGGGCUGGAAAGAGCAAUGGAGGAAAUGAGUGCUGAUGGCACCACUGUGCUUGUACUGCUGAGAACCGGCGCUACAUAGCAGGCAUCAGCUACUGGACAAUUAUUGGGAUUAACCGUCUUUAGUUACAUGGAGUUUUAAUUUAAAUAAAGCUUUGCUAAUUUUAAGUGUUAAGCAUUUUGCAUUAAAGUAUUCAUGUAAUA